UUUGUGGAGCUGAGGGCAAUACCUGCGGACAUCCGAUCAACUGCUGACGUCACCUCAAUAUGACGAUGCAGCGGCUGCUGUUGCUUCAUUUCGACGCUGUCCACAUGGCUGUGCUGCUGCUGAUGGAACUGCUCAACUUCCUCACGAAGUUAUGCCCCACCUGGGCUACGACGAUGAUUUCACCAUCAUCGCAACGUGAGAGACGCCGUACAGAGCGAGACAUACCUGGACCUGGCCCUGCUCUUCCAGUGUUGGGCACAAGAUGGAUAUAUUCCAUUUUCGGACCAUACAAGAUGAACCAGAUACACGAGGCAUACAGAGAUAUGUUCCGGAAGUACGGAAGUAUUGUGCGUGAGAGAGCGCUGUGGAACUUCCCGGUAGUGAGUCUGUUGGAGCAGCGGGACAUCGAAGUCGUUUUCAAGCACCAGAGCAAGUUCCCGCUGCGACCCCCAACAGAAGUCCUAGCGUGGUAUCGCCAGUCCCGGCCAGACCGAUACACCACACUGGGACUCAUCAACGAACAAGGCGAAAAGUGGCACAUGUUGAGGUCUGUUCUCACCCCUGAGCUCACUAGCGCCAAGACUAUACAGCGGUUCCUCCCAGAACUGAACCAGGUGGUUGAAGAUUUUAUGUCAUUUCUAAGGACAACACGUGACAAGCAUGGCGUAAUCUCAGGAUUCGAGGAACUGGCUAAUAGGAUGGGUUUAGAAAGCACAUGCACCCUGAUCUUGGGGCGACGAAUGGGAUUCCUCGAGCACGAAGUGGACGCGAAGGCGUGCAGGCUGGGCGCAGCCAUCAAGGGUCAUUUCUGUGCCUCACGUGAUACCUUCUAUGGGCUCCCAUUCUGGAAGGUUUUCCCCACUCGGUCCUACAAAUUAUUCGUGGAAAGCGAGGAGAAGAUCUACGAUAUAGUAUCAGAGAUGGUCGAAUCUGCCCUGACAGAAGAGAGAGAGAUGUGCUCUGUUGAUGCGGUUAGCAGCGUGUUCAUGUCCAUACUUAACGCACCAGGUCUCGACGUCCGCGAGAAGAAAGCUGCACUUGGGAACACACUGGUGUUUGUGCUGUAUCUGAUGGCGAAGAAUCCCCGUGUCCAGAAACGGCUGUAUGAGGAGAUCCUGCAGGUAGCCCCAGGCCGAUGCCCAUUGACAGCCGAGACCUUAAGACAAGCCACCUACUUGCAGGCCUGCAUAAUGGAAGCUUUCAGGGUCCUGCCCACAACGCCAUGCGUCGCGAGGAUACUGGAGUCGGAGAUGGAGCUGAGUGGAUACCACGUGUCAGCAGGGACUGUGGUUCUGUGCCACACGUGGCUCGCGUGUCAGGAGGAGGUCAACUUCACGGCGGCGCACGAAUUCCUGCCGGAACGCUGGCUGCAGCAAGGGGAGGUGACCCGCAUCAACCCAUUCCUGGUCGUCCCUUUCGGCCUCGGUCGCCGCGUUUGUCCUGGGAAACGCUUUGUGGAGCAGGAGCUACACCUCGCACUGGCCAAGAUUGUACGAGAAUUUCACGUGGACUUUGAAGGAGAACUUGAAUUGCAGUUUGAAUUUAUACUUUGUCCCAAAGCGCCAGCAAACUUCAUCUUUCACGACCGACAAGAAUGACUUUAAAAUUAACGUCUAGAACUUCAUCACUGCAUAUCUACCUCUCAAAUUGUUAUGAAUUGUUUAAGCAUCACUUCGUCCCCACAAAACAAGCCACAUUCAGUGUACUGUUACGUGACUUUAUUGAUGAUACAGUGGUCUACCCGAGUGUCAAUCCGCUCAGUGAAGCACCCUCAUAGCAGUUAAGUCCGAAAUUUAAAUUAAUAAAGGGAUAUAAAAGCCUGAAGACUAUGAACGUCAGGGUCAGACAGAAACGAAGAGAAUCUUCACUUAAAAUUAGUAGUUACUCGGUAAAUUUGAAUGCUAUAACUAAAAUCCAACUAGAGCAAUAGUGUCCGCAUAAAGCAUGUUUUAUUCGGUUUGUCGUACGAGACAAAAUAGUGGGGUGGGGUUCGAGGAUAUGACGUUUUCCCUCCCACUGCUAUGGGCGUUUCUUUGUGUAUAUGGUGCCGAUCUUUGAAGAAACGCGCUCCUCUGCGUAUGCAGGUUAGUGGGCAUGGAGAAAUGAACGGUGAAUCGGCGCGUGUCAGCAGUGACAACUUAUUUUGAAACUAAAUCAAUUGUACAGAAACGAAAAUGUUUUCGGCAUGUGUUUCAAGUUCCGGAGACAUUGCAAAAUUCCUUCGCAUAAUGCCAUUUUAAAGUUUAUUGAUUAUUGCAAUGUCCAUGGUAGGGCAGUGAAUAAGGCUGUUGGCCCUAGACUUUCAGUUCACACACCAGACAUCGUCAGUCCGAAAUGCCAUCAGAGUCCAUCGCGCUGAGCAAGAUGAACACUUAAGCAGGUCCCUUCGAAGAUCUGAGAAAUUACUUACUUUUUUUUAUUGCUAGUGGGAUGGGACUAAGUCCCUUGUACUGCGGCCACUUCUGGCCUAUUGU